AUGGAAGCCCGAGCCAUAACCACGACCAUCCGGUCGUGUCCGGCCGCCAGCGACUACGUCCCGCUCGCCGAGCACCAGUCGCAAACCCCAGAGACCUUCUUCGGCGGCAAGCCUGUGCUGCACUACCACGCCGCCGGCGCAAAGGCCUUCGUCCCCAAGUCGCAAAUCAGCCGGCUGCCGUUCAUGCCGGCGGCUGUUGCGCCCGCCGAUGCGAAUGCGGCUUCGGAGGAGAUCGAGGGCUCAGAGGAGGAGGAGCUGGUAGAUCAAGAGGUUGACAUCUUUGUUGGAUCAGAUACAUUCACCGUAUUCAACCGAGCCUCUUCGACAGGCCUUUCUAUACCGUAUCCUCUCAUCGCAAUCCACGCUAUCAAGUCCCUCAGCGACUCUGCCACGAGCAAGGUCCAGUCUGUGUACAUGCAGCUCGACCUCGCUGAUGGCGGCGCCACCGACGACGACUUCGACACCGUCGAGCUCACUAUUGUCCCCCCCUCUACUUCUUCUUCCUCCUCCACCACAUCAGACGCCCCUCCCACAAACGGCGAGGCGCCGCCCCCGGCGAGCUCCGAAACCGCCAAGCUCUUCGAGGCAGUAUCCGCCUGCGCCGACCUGCACCCGGACCCGCCGCAGGACGGCGGCGAAGACGAGGACGACGACAUGGACCGCAUCGUCUUCGAGAGCAGUGUCGACGACGCCGAGGCCAUCGAUGGACUGCCCGGCGUCUUCAGGUCUGCCGGCGGCGGCGGUGAUGAUGGUUUGCCGCCGCCCUUCCCUGGGAGUGGAGGCUGGAUCACGGCCGAGAACAUGCAUGAGUAUUUCGACGAGGAGGGCAACUGGAUCGGGGACGAGGGAGUCAGCGGAGAGCUUGGCGAAGGCGCGGGGAGGGUUCGGGGCCGGGACGAGGCCGAGGGUGAGAAUGGUCAAGGAGGCGCCACGAAUGGCCACGGGACUGGCGAUGAUUCAGAGAGUAAAAGACCGAGGACUGAGUGA